UUCUUUCUCAAAACUUGUGCCAGUCUGAGAGCAAGGCCACUGGAUCUGUGAACACUGAACACAAAUCGAUCAAUGGCCAACUAAGGGCGUGUCUAGGGUUUAUUGCCCUAAUUAUGGCAAAAUUUAAUGCCGCCAGCCACCUCAGUCCAGUCCUCACUCACUCCCAUAAUCACUCUAUUUUUGGAAACAAAGCCUUCUCAUCCUUUCUACAUAUAGUAGUAACUCGUAAGUAGUUGUCCCCGUUUUGUAUCCCGGUUAAUUCUGUGUUCCCUCGUUCAUCCUGUCGGAAAAAAUGGCAAGAGACAAGAUUCAGAUCAGGAAAAUCGACAACGUCACGGCGAGGCAGGUCACUUUCUCCAAGAGAAGAAGAGGCCUUUUCAAGAAAGCCGAGGAACUCUCUGUUCUUUGCGAUGCUGACGUCGCUCUCAUCGUCUUCUCUUCUUCUGCCAAGCUCUUUCACUAUUCUAACUCCAGCAUGAGGGAAAUACUUGAAAAACGUAAUCUCCACUCCAAGAACCUUCAGAAAAUGGGGCUGCAGCCAUCUGUUGAAUUGCAGCUGGUAGAGAAUAGUAACCAUUCCAGAUCGAGCAAGGAAAUUGCUGAGAAAACCCAACGGCUAAGGCAAAUGAGGGGAGAGGAGCUUCAAGAAUUGAGUAUUGAAGAGUUGCAGCAGUUGGAGAGGUCCCUUCAAAUAGGUUUGGACCAUGUUAUCAACAAAAAGGGUGAAAAGAUUAUGAAGGAAAUAAACCAGCUUCAAGAAAAGGGAGUGCAUUUAAUGGAAGAAAAUGAACGAUUAAGACAGCAGGUGGUAGAGACAUCAAAAGGUCAGAGAUCGAUGGCAGUGGCUCCCCGGGAUUCAGAGAACCUGUUGAACGAGGAAGGCGGCCUGUCCUCUGAGUCUGUCACUAAUGCCUGCAAGUAUCCUGGCACCCCACAAGAUUAUUAUGAAGAUUGCUCUGAUACUUCUCUUAAGUUGGGGUUGCCCUACACAGGCUGAAUGGAGAAUCCUAACCACUGGCUAAAGAGUCUUCUAACUUUUUUUUUUUUUUUGGGUACUCUGAUGAGAACAAGGGAUCGUUAACUGUACUAUUUAUAAUUGCAGUAAUUAUAUAUGUAUUAAGUACUUA